AUGGCUGCCGACGUCUUCACGUGCUCCUCGCGCCGGCCGCGCAGCCGGGGUCGCCCUGUGCUGCUCAAGCCCCAGGUACCCGAGGACGACGAUGACUCGGACACGGACCCUCCGCGCCGCCAGCAGAUUAUCCACAGCGGCCACUUCAUGGUGUCGUCGCCGCACCGCGAGCACCCGCCCAAGAAGGGCUACGACUUCGACACGGUCAAUAAGCAGACGUGCCAGACCUACAGCUUCGGCAAGACCAGCUCCUGCCACCUCUCCAUUGACGCCUCGCUCACCAAGCUCUUCGAGUGCAUGACCCUGGCCUACAGUGGGAAGCUGGUGUCUCCCAAGUGGAAGAAUUUCAAAGGCCUGAAGCUGCAGUGGAGGGACAAGAUCCGACUCAAUAACGCCAUCUGGCGGGCGUGGUACAUGCAGUAUUUGGAGAAGCGCAAGAACCCCGUGUGCCACUUUGUCACUCCACUCGACGGCUCCGUGGACGUGGAUGAGCAUCGCCGGCCAGAGGCCAUCACCACGGAAGGGAAGUACUGGAAGAGCCGCAUCGAGAUUGUCAUCAGGGAGUAUCACAAGUGGAGAGCCUACUUCAAGAAACGGCUCCAGCAGCACAAGGAUGAGGACCUCUCCAGCCUGGCCCAGGAUGACGAUAUGCUCUAUUGGCACAAACGUGGGGAUGGAUGGAAGACUCCAGUGCCCAUGGAGGAGGACCAGCUGCUGGACACAGACAUGCUCAUGUCCGAGUUCAGCGACACCCUCUUCUCCACGCUGUCUUCGCACCAGCCCGUGGCCUGGCCCAACCCACGGGAGAUAGCGCAUCUGGGGAACGCAGACAUGAUCCAGCCGGGGCUGAUCCCUCUGCAGCCCAACCUGGACUUCAUGGAUACAUUUGAGCCUUUCCAGGACCUCUUCUCCUCCAGCCGCUCCAUCUUUGGUCCCGUGCUGCCUGCUCCUGCCCCGGCACCUGAUCCCAGCAGCCCCCCUGCUCAGGAGAGCAUCCUGCCAACUGCCGCUCUUCCCACCGUGAGCCUCCCAGACAGUUUCAUUGCCCCCACUGCCACCACGUCUCUGGACCCCUCGGAGCAGCAGAGCUGUGACCACAGCCCCCGCGCCAGGGACCCUUUCGUCCAGCCCACCACCUUUGGCCCCUCGGAGCCCCCACUGAACGUCCCACAGCCCUUCCUUCCUGUCUUUACCAUGCCUUUACUCUCUCCUAGCCCUGCCCCCACACCUGCUUCACCUGCCUUACCACUAGUUCCGCCUCCCACCACGCCCCUGAGCCCCUCAGCUCCCCCUGCCUUCCUGCAGGCACAGAAGUUUGGAGUCAGCAAGCCCCCCUCUGUCAUUACCCACACAGCUUCUAAUACGCUCACCCAUGAUGCCUCUGCCACCACCUUCAGCCAGAGCCAGGGCCUGGUGAUCACCACCCGUCCCCCAACCCCUUCCGUCUCCCCCUGUGGACUGGCGCUGUCUCCUGUCAUCCAGCCACCAGCCAUUGGGCCCCCCCAACCCCGUUUAACCUUUGUGUCCCCCAAACCUGUGCCCUUCACUGGGGGUAGAGCCAAGCAGCCCCCCAAAAUAGUGCCUGCUCCCAAACCAGAGCCUGUGUCCUUGGUGUUAAAGAGCGCCUGCAUUACUCCAGCUGCUUUUCCAGGACAGCCACAGGCGGUGAUUAUGACCUCAGGCCCCCUGAAGAGAGAAGGGAUGCUGGCUUCCACUGUGCCCCAGCCCAACGUGGUCAUCACACCCACCGCCAUUGCCAGGGCUCCUGGAGUCACGGAGUUCCACAGCAGCAUCCUGGUGGCGGACCUCGGCCACACCCCAGGCAGCCAGCCUCCUGUCUCCCGGCUCUUCUCCUCGAGCACUGUGUCGGACGCUCUGGUGAAGGGCGAGCAGGGCCCAUCGCACGGGGGUGGCCCCCAGCUCCCCACUGCGGGUCCCAGUCGUGACGGCCCCAGCUCUGGGCAGGCCUCUCCAUGUGCGUCUGAACAAAGCCCCAGUCCCCAGUCUCCCCAGAACACCUGCUCAGGGAAAUCUGCAGACCCUAAGAAUGUGGCUGUGUUAAAGAACCGGCAGAUGAAGCACAUUUCUGCUGAACAGAAGAGGCGCUUCAACAUCAAGAUAGGCUUCGACACCCUGAACAGUCUGAUCUCUAAUAAUUCUAAGCUGACCAGCCACGCCAUCACCCUGCAGAAGACGGUGGAGUACAUCACCAAGCUGCAGCAGGAGAGGGGCCAGCUGCAGGAGGAGGCCCGGCAGCUGCGGGAGGAGAUCGAGGCGCUCAACGCCACCAUCAUCUCCUGCCAGCAGCUGCUCCCUGCCACCGGCGUCCCUGUCACCCGGCGUCAGUUUGAUCACAUGAGAGACAUGUUUGAGGAGUAUGUGAAGAGCCGGACCCUGCAGAACUGGAAGUUCUGGAUUUUCAGUAUCAUCAUCAAGCCGCUGUUUGAGUCAUUCAAGGGGAUGGUGUCCACCAGCAGCCUGGAGGAGCUCCACCGGACGACACUGUCCUGGCUUGACCAGCGCUGCUCUCUGCCCGUCCUCAGGCCGAUGGUGCUGAACACCCUCCGCCACCUGAGUACCACCACCUCUGUGCUGACAGACCCAGCCCGGCUGCCAGAGCAAGCGUCCAAGGCCGUCACCAGAAUCGGCAAGAGAACUGGCGAGUCUUAG